UUCUAUUAACUCGAAUAUGGUGAAAUGGUUGAAAAUGUAUGAAUUGUAAAAUUUCAAGUUGUGUUUUCUGAGGAUGUAGUGAACCGUUUUUGGUGAUCUACAGCUCGUUGAACUCGUAUUGAAGACUCUUUUCGUUUGAAUAUACUUUUUUCUUUUGAUCCGGGUCAGUAUGGAAAAGUUAAAAUGUUCGCCUAUAUAAGGUUCCUCAGUCCUCCAGUUGGUUCGCCCUUUUUUAGGGAAGGAGUACUAGCGUCACGAACUCCGCUAACGCUCCGUUCAUGAUUAGAAGAAGUUUUUGUGUCAGGGACUAUUCUUAAAUUCCCAAAUUUUCCUAACGUUUUUGGGAAAAUUAAGAAAAGCGUAGGAAAAUUUUUUAGUUUUACAAAAAUAUUUACUUUUUGUAGCCACUGACGAUGAUUCUUGAGCAAUGCCGAACCACUAUCUAAAUAAAAUCAAGGCUGUAUACAGCUUUGAAUAAAAUGAGGUAGCAUUUUUUAUGAAGAUAAACACGAAAAUUAAUUUUUUUCUGUCUGACUCUGAGUCCAACCACAAAAGAUAGCGUUGUAAUCGCGGUUAUCACAAUGUAAGUGGUUUCUCAAUUAACAUAUGACAUUCAUGACGUCUAGCCUGGUGCGGCAUGAUGUAUAAAGAGAUUGACGCACCACAUUUCUCGUUUGUUCUAAAUUAAAAACCGACGAUGGAUUUCGAAUUUUGGGAGAGAUGUCCAAAAUGUGGCAACCAAUUGGUUAAUGAGGCUAAUUUGUGGAAGCUAAGAGGAAUUAUCGGAGGGUGUGCAAUUGGUGGUGCAGCUUUGGGAGCUAUAACUUUACCAUUAUUAGGAUUUGGUGCAGGAGGCGUGGCAGCAGGAUCAGCUGCUGCUGCAUGGCAGUCUUCAAUUGGGUCUGUGGCGGCCGGUUCAUUGUUCGCCAUACUUCAAUCUUUAGGUGCAACCGGUAUUGGUAUACUUCUCUUCGGAAGCGUUGGAGCAGGUUUGGGCUUAUUGUCAUCGUCUGCUGCUGCUAUUGGAUGGUGUACAUGUGAUACAGACACAAAAGCAGAGCCACUGAACAAUUCCUUGGGGGGAAAUGAAAAAGAAAAUAUUGUAAAGGAAAAGGAGGAUAGUAUCAUUGGAGGAAUCAAAGCUGCAAAUAAUGACGCUGACGACAAGAUAGUUUGAGGAAAUCUAUUAGAUAUAUAACAGAACGUUCUGUGCGUUUUUGCGUGUUACACAGAUAAAUAUUCAUUAAAAAAAAUUUAGCUGAAAAUCAGAAUUUAAUCUUGUUUUGGCUUAGUCUGGGUUUCUAGUUUUCGAUUACGAUCAUAUUUUUUUCAGAAUUUAUUUUUAUCCGAUUGUUGACUGUGACGACAGUUUCAUAGUAGAAAAGCUGGUACAAAAAGCAAACAGUCGUUUUAAUUUCUUUC